CCGGGGAGGGGGCGGCGGCGGCGGCGGCGUCAGCAGCGGUGGCGGCUCUGGCCCCGGCUCCAGCGCCUCACGGGGCUUCUAUUUCAACACAGUCCUAUCAUUGGCCCGCUCCCUGGCCGUGCAGAGACCAGCAUCAUUGGAGAAGGUCCAAAAGCUGCUUUGUAUGUGCCCAGUGGAUUUCCAUGGGAUCUUCCAAUUAGAUGAGCGACGGAGAGAUGCAGUGAUUGCGUUGGGCAUUUUUCUCAUUGAAUCUGAUCUUCAGCACAAAGAUUCCGUGGUUCCUUACCUUCUUCGACUGCUUAAAGGUCUUCCGAAAGUGUACUGGGUAGAAGAAAGCACAGCUCGGAAAGGCAGAGCCACCCUCCCAGUUGCAGAGAGCUUCAGCUUCUGCUUGGUCACUUUGCUGUCUGAUGUGGCUUAUAGGGACCCCUCACUUCGGGAUGAGAUUUUAGAGGCACUUUUGCAGGUUUUGCAUGUUCUUUUGGGAAUGUGCCAAGCCUUGGAGAUUCAAGAAAAAGAAUACCUUUGCAAAUAUGCGAUCCCAUGCCUGAUAGGAAUUUCACGAGCAUUUGGGCGUUUCAGCAACACCGAAGAGUCUCUCCUUUCAAAACUGUUCCCCAAAGUCCCUCCUCAUUCCCUCCGAGUCCCUGAGGAGCUUGAAGGCGUGCGGAGGCGAUCCUUCAAUGACUUCCGCUCCAUCCUACCCAGCAAUCUGUUGACGGUGUGUCAGGAGGGCACCCUGAAGAGGAAGACCAGCAGCGUGUCCAGCAUCUCUCAGGUCAGUCCUGAACGUGGGAUGCCCCCUCCCAGCUCCCCUGGAGGAUCUGCUUUUCACUACUUUGAAGUGUCUUGCUUACCCGAUGGGAGCACCCUGGAGCCUGAUCACUACUUCUCCACCAUCAGUUCCAGCUUCUCAGUUUCUCCUCUUUUCAACGGCAUCACCUAUAAGGAAUUCAAUAUUCCACUAGAAAUGCUUCGAGAACUCUUAAACUUGGUGAAGAAGAUUGUCGAGGAGCCUGUUCUCAAAUCGUUGGAUGCAGUCGUAGCCAGUGUGUUAGAGGCCAAUCCUAGUGCUGAUCUCUACUAUACUACAUUCAGUGACCCUCUCUAUGUGGCCAUGUUCAAGAUGCUACGUGACACUCUGUACUACAUGAAAGACCUCCCAACCUCCUUUGUGAAGGAGAUCCAUGAUUUUGUGCUGGAGCAGUUCAACACGAGCCAGGGGGAGCUUCAGAAGAUUCUGCAUGAUGCAGACCGGAUCCACAAUGAGCUGAGCCCCCUCAAGCUGCGUUGCCAGGCAAAUGCUGCCUGUGUGGACCUCAUGGUCUGGGCUGUGAAGGAUGAGCAAGGUGCAGAAAAUCUUUGCAUCAAGCUCUCUGAGAAGCUGCAGUCUAAGACAUCCAGCAAAGUCAUCAUUGCUCAUUUGCCAUUGCUUAUCUGCUGUCUGCAGGGUCUGGGCCGCCUGUGUGAGAGGUUCCCAGUGGUGGUACAUUCGGUGACGCCGUCUCUGCGGGACUUCCUGGUUGUUCCGUCCCCCGUGCUGGUGAAGCUCUAUAAAUGCCACAGUCAGUACCACACAGUUGCUGGUAAUGAUAUAAAAAUCAGUGUAACCAACGAGCAUUCUGAGUCAACCCUGAAUGUCAUGUCGGGAAAGAAGAACCAACCCUCCAUGUAUGAGCAGCUCCGGGACAUUGCCAUUGACAACAUCUGCAGGUGCCUGAAGGCUGGCUUGACGGUGGACACGGUGAUCGUGGAGGCCUUCCUGGCCAGCCUCUCCAACCGUCUCUACAUCUCCCAGGAGAGUGACAAAGAUGCUCACUUGAUUCCUGACCACACCAUCCGAGCCUUGGGACACAUUGCGGUGGCCCUGAGGGACACCCCAAAGGUUAUGGAACCGAUUCUGCAGAUCCUGCAGCAGAAAUUCUGCCAGCCUCCUUCCCCCCUUGAUGUUCUCAUCAUUGACCAGCUAGGCUGCCUGGUUAUCACUGGAAACCAAUACAUUUACCAGGAAGUGUGGAAUCUCUUCCAGCAGAUUAGUGUGAAGGCCAGCUCUGUCGUGUACUCGGCUACUAAAGAUUACAAGGAUCAUGGCUAUAGGCACUGCUCCCUGGCUGUGAUCAACGCCCUGGCCAACAUCGCAGCCAACAUCCAGGACGAGCACCUAGUGGAUGAGCUGCUCAUGAACCUGCUGGAGCUGUUUGUGCAGCUGGGACUGGAGGGAAAACGUGCCAGUGAGCGGGCCAGCGAGAAGGGGCCUGCCCUGAAGGCUUCUAGCAGCGCAGGGAACUUGGGCGUACUCAUUCCUGUAAUCGCUGUGCUCACCCGAAGGUUGCCUCCCAUCAAAGAAGCUAAGCCUCGGUUGCAGAAGCUCUUCCGGGACUUCUGGCUCUAUUCCGUGCUGAUGGGAUUCGCAGUGGAGGGGUCAGGACUCUGGCCAGAAGAGUGGUACGAGGGGGUCUGUGAAAUAGCCACCAAGUCACCCCUGCUCACGUUUCCCAGCAAAGAACCACUGCGUUCCGUCCUCCAGUAUAAUUCGGCCAUGAAAAACGACACAGUCACCCCUGCCGAACUGAGUGAGCUCCGCAGCACCAUCAUCAACCUGCUGGACCCUCCCCCCGAAGUGUCCGCCCUCAUCAACAAGCUGGACUUUGCCAUGUCCACCUAUCUCCUGUCUGUUUAUCGGCUGGAAUAUAUGAGGGUACUGCGUUCAACAGAUCCUGAUCGCUUCCAGGUAAUGUUCUGCUACUUUGAAGAUAAAGCUAUUCAGAAAGACAAAUCUGGGAUGAUGCAAUGUGUGAUUGCUGUCGCAGACAAAGUAUUUGACGCCUUCCUGAACAUGAUGGCAGAUAAAGCUAAGACCAAGGAGAAUGAAGAGGAGCUGGAGCGGCAUGCGCAGUUUCUCCUGGUGAACUUCAACCACAUUCACAAGAGGAUACGGAGGGUGGCAGACAAGUAUCUGUCUGGUCUGGUGGAUAAGUUUCCCCACUUGCUCUGGAGCGGGACAGUGCUGAAGACGAUGCUGGACAUCCUCCAGACCCUGUCACUGUCACUGAGUGCUGACAUUCACAAGGACCAGCCUUACUACGACAUCCCUGAUGCCCCCUAUCGGAUCACUGUUCCGGACACCUGUGAAGCCCGAGAGAGCAUCGUGAAGGACUUCGCGGCACGCUGUGGAAUGAUCCUACAGGAGGCAAUGAAGUGGGCACCUACAGUCACCAAAUCCCACUUACAGGAAUAUCUGAACAAACAUCAGAACUGGGUAUCAGGACUGUCACAGCACACGGGGCUGGCCAUGGCCACUGAAAGCAUCCUUCACUUUGCUGGCUACAACAAGCAGAACACCACUCUUGGGGCAACUCAGCUAACGGAGCGCCCGGCCUGUGUGAAGAAAGAUUAUUCCAACUUCAUGGCAUCUCUGAAUCUACGCAACCGCUAUGCGGGCGAGGUAUAUGGGAUGAUUCGGUUCUCAGAUGCCACAGGCCAGAUAUCUGACCUGAACAAAAUGAUGGUCCAAGAGCUGAAUACAGCAUUAGACCUCAGUAAUCCCCAGCACUACACACAGGCCAUGUUCAAGCUGACAGCAAUGCUCAUUAGCAGCAAAGAUUGUGAUCCACAGCUCCUCCAUCAUCUGUGUUGGGGUCCCCUCCGGAUGUUCAACGAGCAUGGCAUGGAGACUGCCCUGGCCUGUUGGGAGUGGCUACUGGCUGGCAAGAAUGGAGUGGAAGUGCCGUUUAUGCGGGAGAUGGCAGGGGCCUGGCAGAUGACAGUGGAACAGAAGUUUGGCCUGUUUUCCACGGAGAUAAAGGAAGCAGACCCCCUGGCAGCGUCGGAAGCCAGUCAGCCCAAACCCUGUGCCCCUGAAGUGACCCCCCACUACAUUUGGAUUGAUUUCCUGGUGCAGCGGUUCGAAAUCGCCAAGUACUGCAGCUCAGACCAAGUGGAGAUCUUCUCCAGCCUGCUGCAGCGCUCCAUGUCCCUGAACAUCGGUGGGGCCAAGGGGAGCAUGAACCGGCAUGUGGCGGCCAUUGGGCCUCGCUUCAAACUGCUGACUCUGGGGCUGGCCCUUCUGCAUGCCGAUGUGGUCCCAAACGCGACCAUUCGCAACGUACUUCGUGAGAAGAUCUACUCAACUGCCUUUGACUACUUCAGUUGUCCCCCAAAGUUCCCUACUCAAGGAGAAAAGAGGCUACGUGAAGACAUAAGCAUCAUGAUUAAAUUUUGGACGGCCAUGUUCUCUGAUAAGAAGUACCUGACUGCCAGCCAGCUUGUUCCCCCAGAUAACCAAGACACACGGAGCAAUCUGGACAUUGCAGUAGGUUCUCGGCAACAGGCCACUCAAGGCUGGAUCAACACCUACCCCCUAUCCAGUGGCAUGUCGACCAUCUCCAAGAAGUCAGGCAUGUCUAAGAAGACCAACCGGGGCUCCCAGCUACACAAGUACUACAUGAAGCGCAGGACGCUGCUGCUGUCCCUGCUGGCCACUGAGAUUGAGCGUCUCAUCACAUGGUACAACCCACUGUCAGCCCCGGAGUUAGAGCUGGACCAGGCCGGAGAGAACAGUGUAGCCAACUGGAGGUCCAAGUACACCAGCCUGAGCGAGAAGCAGUGGAAAGACAACGUUAACCUGGCCUGGAGCAUCUCUCCUUACCUGGCCGUGCAGCUGCCAGCCAGGUUUAAGAACACAGAAGCCAUCGGCAACGAAGUGACCCGUCUCGUUCGGUUGGACCCAGGAGCUGUUAGUGACAUCCCCGAAGCUAUCAAGUUCCUGGUGACCUGGCACACCAUCGAUGCCGAUGCCCCCGAGCUCAGCCACGUGCUCUGCUGGGCACCCGCAGACCCACCCACGGGCCUCUCCUACUUCUCCAGCAUGUACCCUCCGCACCCUCUCACGGCCCAGUACGGGGUGAAGGUCCUGCGGUCCUUCCCACCGGAUGCUAUCCUAUUCUACAUCCCCCAGAUUGUGCAGGCCCUCAGGUAUGACAAGAUGGGCUACGUGCGGGAGUAUAUUCUGUGGGCAGCGUCCAAAUCCCAGCUUCUAGCACACCAGUUUAUCUGGAACAUGAAAACGAACAUCUAUCUGGAUGAAGAAGGGCACCAGAAGGACCCUGACAUCGGUGACCUCCUGGAGCAGUUAGUAGAGGAGAUCACAGGCUCCUUGUCGGGCCCAGCCAAGGACUUCUACCAGCGGGAAUUUGAUUUCUUUAACAAGAUCACCAACGUGUCCGCCAUCAUCAAGUAAGUGGCGCCAGUCCUGGCCUGUGUGAAUUGCGCGGAGGACCCCCGCUGGUUCCAAUGAACAGCCAGGAUUGGGAAUCUCUGCCCUGGCAAGUCAGGUCCUUCAAAGUGUAGCAA